GACCCCCUCUCUCUCUACCGCCUUUUCCUAGUUUUGCCAGCCACAACCCUCAUGGAGUCAUGGUUCUGAGGGAGGGAAUAAUCAUUCUCAUUUUCCUCUCUAUAGAUUUCUCAACCUCUACUCUCUGUUCCCCCUCACUUGCUAAAAAAACACCCAAUACCUCACCCAAAUCUCACAUUCUUUUUUACUGCUUCCCCUUCACUUCCCUCUCCCAUCCCAUGGAUGCUGCUGCAGUCAAUUUAUGAGCCUUUGGUACCACCUUCUCUUCUGCAGCAGCUCUCCCUCACCAGUCAGUUAAAAACACCUCUGCAUCCAAUUUUCACUGUAUACAUCACCAUUUUCAGAGGGUCCCUUUGUUUCAGAUAUCACUCUCUCUGUGGCCUUUCUUUCUUUCUUCCAUUUGGGUCAGAGAGCUUUCAAGCAAGCUGUUGGGAGCAGCUGCCCACUCUUUCUUUAAAUGUGUCCUCUCAACUUGCUUAUGUUACUCCUUGAAAAAAUUUACCUUGCAAUCUUCGGUUAGUCUCUACUCUCUUGGCUUCUUCCUCCUCAUUUCCCUCCCUUGAGAUCUGAUAAUUUUUUGUUAUAUAAAUCUCCUUUAUGAACCCCAAUCUACCAUAUGGUCUAGUCAAUUUGUGGACCAGUUUUUUUUCUUACAUUCUGGAUUUGGGUUUUGGACCAUUCUAUUCUCUAAAUCAUAUCAUCCACCAUCUCAAUCUCAGGUUGAUAGAGGAAGUGAAAACAGAGUGACAUUGUUGGUUACCUGCUCUGUUUGUGAGAGAGGGGGAAAAAAAAAGAAGAAGAUGAGAUCUGUUGAGGAUAAGGCUGAGAUUUCGACCAGUAACGGCACGAUUAGCUUCGAGUUUCACAAAGGCAGCAGGACGAACAAGUCGGGCGGCGGCGGUGGUGGUUCCGGUGGUCAGAAUCGUCAGCAGCACCACCGAAUUGCUUUGGGGAAGCCGGCGCCGUCGAAAUGGGACGACGCCCAGAAAUGGCUGGUGGGGUUGUCUCGCGGCGGAGGAGAAAAGGGUCACGGCGGCCAGCAGCCGAGGAACUCCAACGCCGACGACCGGCGGUUGAUCGCUCCGGUCCCUCAGCAGGAGGAGGAGGAGUAUCCGGGAGAGAACGGCGGCGGGGAGUCCGGCGAGGAUCGGAUUUUCACGACGAAGAAAGUGGAAUGCAACGAGUCGAUUUGGAGGGCGAACAAGCCGCCGGCCGCCGGCGUUCAGAGCUCUGCUCCGGCUCCGCCGCCGAUCAGAUCGAUUUGCGUCAGGGAUAUGGGGACGGAGAUGACCCCGAUUGCGAGCCAGGAGCCGUCGAGGGCCGCGACUCCGAUCAGGGCCACCACGCCGGCGGCGAGGAGCCCGAUCUCGUCGGGAUCGACCACUCCGGUGAGAGGGGCCCACAAUGGGUACCAAAUUGGUACAGACGCGGCUGCCAAUGGCGGGGGCGGCGGCGCUGCCUCUAGGGUUUAUUACGGCGAGACGAAUGGUAUUGGUACUUCUCCGGUUGUUGUCACGAAGGUGGAGGAUUCGAGUCACCGUGACCGUGAUGAGACGACAACUGGGGUCAUGAGUCCGUUGGAAGCGAGGGCGGCGGCUUGGGAUGAGGCUGAGUGUGCUAAGUACAUGGCAAGGUAUAAACGUGAGGAGGUGAAGAUUCAAGCGUGGGAGAAUCAUGAGAAGAGGAAAGCAGAGAUGGAAAUGAGGAAGAUGGAGGUGAAAGCGGAGAGAAUGAAGGCUCGAGCACAGGAGAAACUGAGCAAUAAACUGGCGACAACGAAGCGAGUUGCUGAAGAGAAGCGAGCGAAUGCUGAGGCGAAGCUGAAUGAGAAAGCUGUGAGGACUUCGGAAAGGGCUGAUUACAUCAGAAGAACAGGGCACUUGCCUUCCUCAUUCUCCUUUAAGCUCCCUUCGCUUUGCUGGUAAAAACAAGAAAAUGGAGUGGUAAAAAAAUUAAGGGGGAAAUGUAUUUCAGAUCAAUCUUUCAACCAUUGUAUGACUGUGGACAUUGAUGCUUUUUUUUUCUUUUCUUGUAUAAGAAUAAGAAAGUGUAACUUUUGUGGGAAUGUGGGUUUGUGUUCCUUCUUGAUAAGUGAAAAAAAUUGCUGGCCUUUAGUGUGUUCAGUUUUGUGUUUAAUAUUGUCAACCUGCAAGUCUAUCGGAAUUUGGUCGAGCUAGUGGGUUAAGGGUUAAUGGAUCACCUGGUUUAGCUCG